CUAGGCGCUAAAACUCGGACAGACAAGCAGACGUCUCUGACUGAUAAAUCAUUUUGCUACUAAGUGUUUUGUUUCGUUCUCAUUAAUACUCAGUUUUCUAUGUUUGUGCGAGGACGAUCAACGUGAAAAUGAUUUGCACCACAGUUUCGUCCAUAAAAACUAUUUGUGCAAUGGUACUGCUCAUGUUGGGUUAUGCAGAAUGUCAAGCAAAACACCGACAAGAUAAACGAUGGGUAGAUAAGUCAAUACUUUGUUACGAAUGUAACUCAGAGUAUGAUCCGAGGUGUGGAGAUCCAUUUGAUAAUUACACUAUUGGAAUCGUUAAUUGCUCACUGAAGCGGCAACCAGAAUAUAUCGAAUUUCCCCCAACGCUCUGCCGGAAAACAGUUCAAAUAGUUAAUGGAAAAACUCGAGUCAUCAGAUCAUGUGGUUAUAUUGUUAGCGACAGAGACGACCGCGAGUGUGCUAAGAGAAGUGGAACUCAUGAUGUUCAACUGAGAUACUGCUCUUGCACAGGAUCUCUUUGUAAUCACAGUUACAAACUUGGUCCUUCCAGUUUGAUUAUAUUAUUUUCGGCGAUCGCUCUACUAGGAACAAAUUUACUUAAAUUAGGAAACAAAUUUUAAUUUCAGAGCCUGGCGAUCCCGACCAACAAAAGGUCACAUUUAAAAAUGAUAGAAAAUUUCAAGCUCAGACUGGAAAUCAAUGAUUUGAAAAAAUAAUACAUUCCGAAAAGUUGA